UUCAAACCCUAGCCCCCCUUCCCCCCUCCUCCUUGACCCGCCGCCGCUUCUCCCACCCCGAAAGAAAAACACACACACAGUAGAGAGCUUCAGCUUCCCCUGAGAGCGAGAGAUGGCGGCGAAGGGCGACGGGCCGGCGAUCGGCAUCGACCUCGGCACGACCUACUCGUGCGUCGGCGUGUGGCAGCACGACCGGGUCGAGAUCAUCGCCAAUGACCAGGGCAACCGCACCACGCCGUCGUACGUCGCCUUCACCGACUCGGAGCGCCUCAUCGGUGACGCCGCCAAGAACCAGGUGGCGAUGAACCCCAUCAACACCGUCUUCGAUGCCAAGCGUCUCAUUGGCCGUAGAUUCACUGAUUCUACUGUCCAGAGUGAUAUUAAGCUGUGGCCCUUCAAGGUUGUUGCUGGACCUGGUGACAAGCCCAUGAUCAACGUCCAGUACAAGGGUGAGGAGAAGCAGUUUGCAGCUGAGGAGAUAUCUUCUAUGGUCCUCAUCAAGAUGCGCGAGAUUGCAGAAGCUUUCCUUGGCACCACUGUGAAGAAUGCUGUUGUCACUGUACCUGCAUACUUCAAUGACUCGCAGAGGCAGGCUACCAAGGAUGCUGGUGUCAUUGCUGGCAUCAAUGUCCUCCGUAUCAUCAAUGAGCCAACAGCUGCUGCCAUUGCUUAUGGUCUUGACAAGAAGGCUUCCAGUGUUGGUGAGAAGAACGUCCUCAUCUUUGACCUUGGAGGUGGUACCUUCGAUGUCUCUCUUCUCACCAUUGAGGAGGGUAUCUUCGAGGUUAAAGCCACAGCUGGUGACACUCAUCUUGGUGGUGAGGACUUUGACAACAGGAUGGUCAACCACUUUGUUCAGGAGUUCAAGAGGAAGAACAAGAAGGACAUCAGUGGCAACCCAAGAGCUCUGCGGAGGCUGAGGACAUCCUGUGAGAGGGCAAAGAGAACUCUCUCCUCCACUGCCCAGACCACCAUUGAGAUUGACUCGCUGUUUGAGGGCAUUGACUUCUACUCCACCAUCACCCGUGCCAGGUUUGAGGAGAUGAACAUGGAUCUGUUCAGGAAGUGUAUGGAGCCUGUGGAGAAGUGUUUGAGGGACGCAAAGAUGGACAAGAGCACCGUGCACGAUGUUGUCCUUGUUGGUGGUUCCACUAGGAUUCCCAGAGUGCAGCAGCUUCUUCAGGACUUCUUCAAUGGCAAGGAGCUCUGCAAGAGCAUCAACCCUGAUGAGGCUGUUGCCUACGGAGCUGCCGUCCAGGCUGCCAUCUUGAGCGGUGAGGGCAACGAGAAGGUCCAGGACCUGCUGCUAUUGGAUGUCACUCCUCUUUCUCUUGGUCUGGAGACGGCUGGAGGUGUAAUGACAGUCUUGAUCCCAAGGAACACAACCAUCCCCACCAAGAAGGAGCAGGUCUUCUCCACCUACUCGGACAACCAGCCUGGUGUGCUCAUCCAGGUGUAUGAGGGUGAGAGGACCAGGACCCGUGACAACAACCUCCUUGGCAAGUUUGAGCUGUCUGGCAUCCCUCCUGCACCCAGGGGAGUUCCCCAGAUCACUGUCUGCUUUGACAUCGACGCCAAUGGUAUCCUGAAUGUGUCUGCCGAGGACAAGACGACUGGGCAGAAGAACAAGAUCACCAUCACCAACGACAAGGGUAGGCUGAGCAAGGAGGAGAUCGAGAAGAUGGUCCAGGAGGCUGAGAAGUACAAGUCUGAGGACGAGGAGCACAAGAAGAAGGUGGAGUCUAAGAACGCCCUGGAGAACUACUCGUACAACAUGCGCAACACCAUCAAGGACGAGAAGAUCGCCUCCAAGCUGCCGGCAGACGACAAGAAGAAGAUCGAGGACGCCAUCGAUGCUGCCAUCCAGUGGCUGGACACGAACCAGCUCGCUGAGGCGGACGAGUUCGAGGACAAGAUGAAGGAGCUGGAGGCCCUGUGCAACCCCAUCAUCGCCAAGAUGUACCAGGGUGCUGGCGCCGACAUGGAGGGCGGCAUGGACGACGACACCCCGGCUGCAUCCGGCGGCGCUGGCCCCAAGAUUGAGGAGGUCGACUAAGCUAGUCGAUGUUCUGUGGCAGAGACCUGCUGCUUAGUUAUUAUUAUGUCGUGCCCUAUCGUUAUCUGAGACUGGGUUGUGGUGGUUAUUGUUUUGGUCCGAGUGGUCAGGGUUAUUCCGUGGAGUAAACAUUCGUGGAACAUCAGUGGAUUAUGGGUCACGUCACGUCUAAGUAAUAUAUUAAUCUAAAUCAUCCAGUGGAUUAUGCUGCUUGUAGCAAUCAAGCUUAUACUUUGUGCAA